AUGGCUUGUGGUUGGUAUUACGAUUCGGACAACUCAAACAAAGAAGGAAGCUCAAACGAGGCAGAACCCUCUGAUACUGAUCUGACAGAGCCAGAAGAUGGAUUUGCUUCAGAGGUAGAUCAAACAGACUCUGGUGCCGAAGACUCGGAUAGUACGAUGGCAAACUCUUCUAAUACUGAAGAGUCUGGGACUCUCUCGCAUCAAGUUCUCAGCAUUAAAAAACUCGCCAUUUCCAAAAAUCAGCGCUAUGAAGGCCCAGGCGACAAUCCCACCCAAAACCUCUCCGAUAUUGAUCCGGAUUUUAACAUGUCUGGCAACACUAAGAAACUACGAUCACGAGUGAUUGAUCGUUGGCAUUGUGAAAGUCAGAGAGAAGUGUCACCGCUUGAACUGGAGCAAACCGGAGGCCGCACUCCAAAGGGCAUCUGCGGAUUGGCUAUAUCGCUUUCUACAUUGGUGCUGUAG